AUGAUUUUAGGUUCAGAUCGAGGAAGUACUGAAACAGCUGAGGAUGGACCAUUAGAAGAUGAGGGAAGAUCUCGUCGCAGCUUAGACAACAGGUUAAGAUCUGCACAUCAUUACGAGCCUAAUACCAACAGUUUGGAUUUAUCAGAUCCGAGUGGCACAGGAGAUACUUUGUCGGUAGAUACGACCAAUACAAAUCUCUCUACAGAAACAACAAGUUCCAGUCCGCUGCACCGCCAUCUAGACGGAUCAAGCCUUAGUUCAAGGGCUAGAUAUUUAGGGAGUGUAGGAUCACAGCUGAUGAUAGAGGAAGUGCACUCAAGAGGCUGUAGUUACGACCAGAGUGAUUUUGACAGCAGUCCAUCAUAUUCCAGGAGGCCCGGUCGACUGCCAGGCCAACCGUUCCCUACCGGGCCCUCUUGGUGGAUUGGAUACCCCAGUACCGUUAGGAGAGAAAAAGAAAGAGAGCGUGAAGAAAGAGUCCGAGUAGCACGUGAAAAGCUCGCAGAAGAACGAAAGAAAAAAAUUGAAGAGUUUAAGGAGCAACAGAGAUUAGCGCAGCAGCACAGAGAGCGACAACAAGAAUUAAGACGGCGUAAAAUUGAUGAACUUCGUCGAAGAGAAGAAGAGAGACGAGCUGCUGUUGAAGAACGCCGUCGAAAACAGGAAGAAGAACAGCGAUUAUAUCAUUUACCCUAUCUAUUUUCCUUCUCCAUUUUUUUUUAUUUCUUCUGUCUUUCCUUCUCAAUGAUAGACUCUAUUCAAUCAACAUUGAAUGACUCAGUUUGUACUUUGGGGUUUUGCAUUUUGCUUUUAUUGGCCUGCUUUGUGCACACAUUCACACAUCCCUCCCCCCACUUUAAACUGUUUGCAGUUGCUAUGCUUCACUUUGGUCUGCUUAUUGAUCUUUACACUCUCUCUCUCUCUCUCUCUCUCUCUGGCUUUCUGGGUAACUUAGUCUCUUUCAAAAUGGUUGCCAAGGGAACUACAUUGCCAUUGCUUUCUCGCUUGUGUCACCAAUGCGAUUGUAGUUGCUUUUCUUGA